AUGGCGGACACUGUCUCGAAGCAUCGAGAUGAGUUUGCCUUUGCUCAGCUUGAGAACGAGAGAGCUCUGACAUCUCUUCGUGACGAGCUAAGGGUAGCUCGUGGGAAUGUUGAUCGGUCUCGGGAUGAGAUAGCUGCUCUUCAGACCCUUGUUGAUGCCCACCAUCGGGAGCACAAGGCUCUCUGCGAGAUGCUUCAGCGCAAGGGCAUUCUUCAUCGGAAGAAGCAGCGUACGGAUGGUACGGCUUAA